AUGUUGAUCCAAGAAUCCUUCCACGAUGUGCCGACCAAGGCGGACGGCAAGGGAAGCAUGCUCACGGGUCCUGUUGCGCGCUUCGCCAGACAAAUCGCCGGCCAAGGGUACAUUUGCGCGGCCCCGUCAACUUAUCAUGAAUUCACUGGCCCGGAGCCAUUGGAAUACAAUGCCGAGGAUACGGACAACGGGAACAAGUGGAAAAUCACCAAGAAACUGGCUGCUUACGAUGAGGACGCCUCGUUGUGCGUGGACUACCUUUUGUCGCUCCCCACGUGCAAUGGUCGUGUCGGUGCAACGGGUAUGUGCCUGGGCGGACAUCUUGCGUAUCGCUGUGCGUUGGACAGCCGAGUGAAGGCAGCGGUGUGUUACUUCGCCACGGAUAUCCAUAGCAAGACUCUGGCCGAGGGCAAGAACGACGAUAGCUUGGCGCGAGCCGGCGAUAUCAAGGGGGAACUUCUCAUGAUCUUCGGAAAGAAUGACAACCAUGUCCCACCUGAGGGAAGGGAUUCGAUCCGGAAGACGCUUCAUGACCGAGGAGUCUUGUUUGGCUUUUACGAGGUGGCUUGGGCUCAGCAUGCGUUUAUCCGCGAUGAACUCAGCAAGGGACGAUACGACCCCGCCAUUAGCAAGGUCUGCUUCGAGAUGCUGCUUGAGUUGUUCGGACGAACCUUAAAGCUGGACCUGGGCGAGCAUGACGGGAAGGAAUUGGAGAUCGAGGAUGUCUGCUAG